AAAAAAUGGCGGCUCGAAUUUCCCUCCUAAUUCAAAACUCUCCCACAAUUCGGCUUUCCAGGUUCCCUCCAUUUCCCUCCUCUUCUAGGAUUCGAUAUUGAAUUCGAAAAUUUCCAGCUUUUUAGGGAGCGAAAAUCGAUUUUCCCUCCAGGAGUCCAUUCAUCAUCCGAAUCUGACUCGGUCUUCUCCGGUUUCAGCCACAAUGGGUGAAAUUGUCAAGUUCACUGGCACGUCUUUACCGAUUUCGUGGGAGAGCUCGUGUUCCCCGAAAUUAGCCAAUUCCGUCGAACCCCUAGAUAAGUCUUCGCCUACCGCUCCGAUUAGAGCCCUUGUUGUCAAGUCUUUGGCUCUCUCAUCACCAGAUCGAGAUGAUCAGCAUUCUGCUCCGGCCGAAACCCUUGACCAGCCUGAAAACCCGGAUGGGUCUUCCUCUUCGUCGUCACAAGACGCCCUAGCUGAUCCUCCUCUGCCGCCUUCUUCAGUCGGUUUCGAUAACAGCGAGGGUUUCCGUUCUCAAGUCACGCCUCAGGCUCAGAUUUUGCCUCCGAGCGAUAGCGGGUGUAACAGUUCUAUACGAAAUGAGAAUUCUCCUCACUCUCCGGACGAAAAUGAUGAUGCUUCCGGAAACUUGUGUACGUCUUCCUGUACAGAUAAUCAACGACCAAGUGGGGUUAUGGCUAUUUGUGACAUCAAAAGUGAUGAUGAUCGUAAAGUGGAGCAGACCGAACUUGGCUGGAAUUCAUGGUCGUCUACGUGGUCGGGACCCCAACAGGAACCUCCAAAGAUCGAACCGACUGGCGUUGGUGCAGGGCUCUGGAAUUUAGGCAACACCUGCUUCAUGAAUGCGAUCCUGCAAUGCUUCACUCAUACUGUGCCGCUUAUCGAGAGCCUAUUUUCAAACAAGCACUCAAGGCCCUGCAAUUGUGACAGUAAGGAGUUCUGUGUUACUCAGGUUCUCCGAGAUCAUAUUGAGCUUGCGUUGAGAUCUUCAGGAGAUCAUGUAUCUCCUGUUCGAUUUGUUGAUAAUCUUAACUAUAUUUCAUCUGGUUUCCAGAGAUACCAUCAAGAAGAUGCCCAUGAGUUCCUACAGUCAUUUCUGGAUAAGUUAGAGAGAUGUUGUUUGGAUCCUGGGAAUAAGUCUGGUUAUGUCACUUCUCAAGGUGUCAAUGUUGUUCAGCAUGUCUUUGGCGGUCGUCUCGUUAGUAGGCUCCGUUGCUGCAGCUGCAAUUCCUUUUCUGAUACAUAUGAAAAUUCUCUCUGCCUGAGUUUGGAAAUCGAAGAUGUGGAUAACCUAGCAAGUGCACUAGAAUCUUUUACCUGUGUGGAAAAGCUUGAAGACCAAUUCACAUGUGAUAGUUGCAAGGAAAAAGUUUCAAAGGAGAAGCAACUCAUGCUCGAUAAGUUGCCACUGGUAGCCGCAUUUCAUUUGAAGAGAUUCAAGAACGACGGAUUUUUUAUGGAGAAGAUCUUCAAGCAUGUGGAGUUCCCUUUAGAGCUGAAUUUACAGCCCUACAUGAGUGGCGGCCAAGAAAAUGAAGUUUGUACAACUUACCAUCUAUAUGCACUGGUGGAGCAUAUCGGGAGUUCACUAACUUAUGGUCAUUACUCAUCGUAUGUGAGGUCGGCCCAUGAGACAUGGCAUAAGUUUGAUGACUCACAGGUAACUAGAAUUGAAGAAGGUAGUGUGCUAUCACAGGAUGCAUAUAUUCUAUUUUAUGCCAGGGAGGGGACUCCAUGGUUUUCUAGUGCUUUUGAACAGAUUAUGCCCUAUCUUGAAGCGAACAUGUCGAAUUCCUCACCAAAGUCGGUACUGGAUCCUGCCUACAGAGAGUUGGUAUCUUCCGAGAACAUCAAUAAUGCUAGUCCCGACAAGCCAUGCAACUUGGUUGAAGAAGUGUUUCAAUCAAUGGAAGAUCCUGUUUCCUGUUGUCCCGAGCCACAGGAAGAAGUGUUUCAUUCGGCUGAAUCUAACAGCAAUGAUUCUCCUUUUACCGAUCCUGAGGCUGAAGAUUAUGACAAACCUUACGUCGAGCCCUUGCUCCAACAAGAAUCCGACUCGUCGUGUCUGGAUGGUGUCCUAAAACACAACAGUGCUAGUGUUCCAGUCAAUGACUGUUCUAAGACACACCUAGAAAGUUGUUACAAGAUUGAGCGGAAGCAUACGGAGGGGGCAAAGAAAAAGAAGGAAACUUUGAAACAACCCAUGAAAGGGAAGGUGGUGGAAGCUGCAGACAGAGAGAUAGCGGUGAGGUAUCUGAACAGCAGACCGUCUCAGCGGACAAGAAUACUGGCGGCGGCCAUGGCAGAGGCUGAUCAUGAAGCCAUUCAUGGCGCCAAAAGAAUGAAAACUACAACUGGUAAACUGUUGAACCGAAGACGUCCUACCGCUCGCAGGUCUUUUCCCCACUCUCUUUAGUUUAGAAGAAACUCUGUUUUUCCCAUGUGAAUAGAGAGAGAGACAGACAGACAUUGAUCAAUUUUGUUAGAUUGGUCUUGUGCUCCGUACAUGUGUUGGUUGGUUGGUUGGUUGGCGAUGAUACAUCUGUUUUUGGAACGGAGAUUUAAAGAAAAGAGAGAGAGAGAGAUUGGUCCUC